UUACCGCGGAGGGAGCGGGUCGGGCGCGCGUGUGUCGGGGUCUGCUGUUACCUCGGGCUAGGCGUCAUGUCCCCGGUCCCUUCGGGGACGUGUUCAUUACCAGGACAUUUGGGACCCUUCAGCCGCUACUGUUCCGUCAGAGGAAGUGGAAAUUCUAAGUGAACCCCAAAUCUCUGUAAUACAAAGAUCUUUCCAAACCCCCGCAGAUGAUUAACUGCACUGCAGUCGAUAAAGAAUUCUCAACAUCUGUGUCAGAAUGUGCCUGUGUUUCAUCGCCUGUCUAGGGACAGCUACAAACUGUUCCAUCUGUCCCAAGUAACGGGUUGGAAAAAUACCGUUAAAAUGGCUCUUCACAGCUACUGUAAAUCUACUGCAAAAAUGUUGCUCGUGUCUCUAGAGAACAUAGUUACUUCAUUGCCUAAAAGAAACAUUGAAGCCAAAAAGUUAUGAUUUGCUGAAGAGUGACUAGGGCUUUAAAAAAAAAAAAAAAGGAAAGGGGAUGGACUAAAAUGCACAAUAGUGAUGAAGUACUAUCCUGGUAGUAAAUAAUAUUGUGAUAGCAGAAGAUUCAAGAGCCCUUUCCCCCUCCUCUCAUUCCCCACGUGUGAAAGUUCUGCCCAUUUAUAUCCUGAGUCUCAAAAUAUAAGCUGGUGGUUUUUUAUAAUUAAAGUGGCUUCUCCAAGCAUACGUCUCAAAGUUGUCAGAUAUUCAGAUGUGACUAUUUAGCAUUACAUAACAGGGAUAUUAUGAAAUUUGUGCAUAAAAUAAAAGUUUUUGAUAGUUACUUGUAAGAUCUCGCUGAUUUGAAGUGUAUGUAUCACCAACAUGUCCCUUUGUUUUAUUUGUCUGACGCAAUACUUUUGUCAGUAUUGGAAUCAGAAUAGUUUCAGUUGGCAAGGACCUUCUGAUCUUGGCUUAUCUCCAGUUUGCCUCCUAGUGACUUUUUUUCUGCAUUCAGAAAUAAACACAUACUUGUAACUUCUUUUGUAGUAAUUUAACUUCUAGAGGUAAAAUUUAGAGAUUAUUUCUAUUGAGGUUUCUAACUGUUAGGUGAAACAUUUUUUAUGCAUUGAUGGUUGUUUCGUUUUUACUCUUUCAAUCACUUUCACACAGGCAAGCAGUUGUGAGGAAAACAGUUAGAAACUAAGGGAUGAUGGUGGCCCUUGGACUUCAGUUUUACAUCUGCUUGCUUUGGAUAUUUGUUCAAAUAGGAAGCUCUCUUUUUUUUUUUUUUACCCCCUAUAAAAAUGCUAAAUAUGCAGUUUCAACAAUUUCCCUGCUGCACCAUGCUAACCACUGAGAAUGGGUUUGUAGUGUUACUGGUAUUGGCAUAUGUCUAUGUGUGCAUGUGCAUACAUAUAAAUAAAUUGGUUGUAUUUUGAUAUUAAAAUCAUCCACUCUUUGAAGUGGUUUUCUGUUCAUCAUGUUGUCAACCUUGGUGAGGUAAAAAUAAAUCCUUAUAAAUUUAAAUUUUUGUUAGACAAAAGUCUGAAUUAGUAAAGCUUUUCUGAACCGAGUGCUAGGAGUCACUGUGUUGUUCCCUGGGCAGCUGGUGGCAUUGUGUCCUGCAGCACUGAGCUCACCUGCCAGGCUGGACCUUCGCUCGUGGCUUCACUGCAGGUGUUCAGUACUUAGGGUAGACCAUGGCCUCUCUGGCUGCACAGGGAGGAUGAUAACUUUCACCGGAGUGUUCUGAUAUUUACUGAUGGAAGUGUGCAAGAAAUAAGCUUUCUAGUAACUAUAUUUCAACCCACACGAACUGGCUUCAGUUUCUGAGGAAACUGGGCAUUUCCUGCGUUUUGAAGAGGUAAAGAAACAAAGUUUUUAAUUGUUUUGUAGUCUUCACUACUCUAUCAAAUUCUGUAUUGUAGUCUAAAAUAGAACUGAAGCAAACUGACUUUCAAAGUUGUUUUCUAAUGAGUAAUAGUCCACAUGCACUCUUCGUUGUAUUGUUGUAUGCUUUCCUACAGAUAAUUUGGGCAAACUGUCAAUUUCUUCUUUGAUUCUGAUGGGCACUUCAGAAGAAGUGAAGAAUUGAUGCAAAACCCAGUUCUACAUAUUUGCAUAGCAUUUGCUGGUUAUAUUAUUCUAAGUUUAUUGUAGUUCAAAAUUAUCUCAAUUGCUGGGAGACUAUGGGGUUUUUUCAUCUUCUUUUUUUUCUUUUUUUUUUUUUAAUGGGUGCAGUAUUAAAAUCUGUUUUCCAAAGGUGGGGAAGCUCCUCCUUUGGGGCUGGAUUUGCAGUGAAGCAGUAGUGCUGCAUGGCACACUGCUUAAAACCAUCCAAGGGUACUAUAUGUUGACUUUUGAAAGAUAAUUAAUACUUUACUGUUAUGAGAGGUAUAAACUGGUGAAAAUAUUCUAUGAUCAGUCUCUUCCCUAUUUUUAAAAAUUAUUUAAAGAGUGUCUUAGAGACCCCCUGUAGCCUGUGACAUACCCCAUGGCAGUUUUUCCUGGAUACAGCUGGAAUUAAUUAGUGUGGCUGCUGUAAAUCUGAAAACUAAUGCAAAUGCAGUCUGAAAUGAGUGAGAGUGAUGAAGAUCUUUGCCCAAAAACUUCCAUGAUCACAGCUGAGGGGUUACAUUCCUAGGUUAAAAUUCUCUUGAAUGAUGAUAUAUAUUUGCAGUGAUGUCUUGAGUUCUCACACAGAUGGUGUAGCAGAUACUGACUCCUACAAAAUGCACAAAAUCCCCCCCUACAAAGGGGGAAGUGCACUGCUCUAUAUAAAUACGUGUUUGUUUUCAUGCUUUUUCUCUGUACUCUGAGCAGUAAUAUAUGGAGGGACUAUCACAAAAUCAUUAAGGUUGGAAAAGACCUCCGAGGUUAUCAAGUCCAACCUGUGACCAAUCACCACCUUGUCAACUAGAUCAGAGCACUGAGUGCCAUGGCCAGUCAUUUCUUGAACACCUCCAGGGAUGGUGACUCCACCACCUGCCUGGGCAACCCCUUCCAAUGCCUGGCAACCCUUUCCAUGAAGAAAUUCCUCCUAAUGUCCAACCUGAACCUCCCCUGGCACAACUUGAGGCUGUUUCCUCCUGUCCUGUCACUUUUUGUCUGGGAGAGGCAUUCUUGGUGUCAUGGAGCACUUUGCUUUGUUUUUGUCCUAAUUUUCAUUAUGACCCUCCUAGCUUUUCUAUGUAUUCCUGUUUUCAGACAUGCUACAAUAGUAAUGGUUUUUAAUGUGUUUUUUUUUCCCAAUGAUCCCUUGUUGCUGAGCUAACUUAAGAAAAUGCAAGGGAUCUUUUCUCACACUUUUGUGUAAGUUAGAAUGAGCGCAAUUUGUAUCAUUCACCUGUCUGUGAGAAUGGUGAAUCAUACUUCAGUGAAUGAAGGAAAUUAAACAGGUGCAGACUUAGAAGCAGAAACUAAUACGAUGUUGGCAGGCACACAGCUUCAUGUUGUAGUUAUAUGACGCUUCCCUGCUGCUACUCCUAAUGUCAGUAAAAUUAAAUACCUAGUGUGAUUUGUCACCAUCUAUUCUUGUUUUUUUAAAUUAAAAAAGAGCUUUCAUAGAACAUAAUUUUUAAAGUAAGUUUCUUUCAAAAUCUAAUGAGAAAUAUUAAAUGUCUAUCACUCUGAUGUUCACAGGUUACUUCGAUGAACACUUUUGUUUGAAGAUGUAGGGCAGCAAUUCACUGCUAGUAAAUUCAUUCUGUGGCCUACAUUUGCUGUAUAAAACCCUGAUGAAUGAAGAUAAUGCAGAUGCAAAGAGAAUUUAUAUGAUUCUUUUAAGUGCGACUGGAUAAUCUACAGAAAUACACAGGAGGCUCAACACAGAGCCCUGCUAGGACUUAGUGAACCUGGUGUCCAGUUCUGGCCUGUGCCUUCAGUCAGUUUCUUGGAUACAUAAUAGCUAGAGCUUUGGGGCUUGUUUUUGUGUACUGGACCUGUUUACUUGCUUUCAAAACAACACUGUAUAUUCCCUUGAUCCCUGUUGCUGUUUCUUACUGCUUUUCUGGUGCACUGACAGCCAGACUUACAGACCGUUAACUCCAUCAUCCUCUGCGCUCACUGCCAGCAUUUGUGCUGUUUACUCCUAGCAUCUUUAGCAAAAUAAGCCGCUUUGUUUCCCAAAAGAAAGAUGCAACAACUCUGAGAACAAGGAAUUACUUAUAGAUAUGUAUAUGCAUAUGGAGUUAAGGGAAUGUUCUAACAGAGCAAUAAUGUGCAAGUGGCACCCUGGUUCCAUUUCUCCUUGGUGUCCUUCCCUCCUGGUUCUCACGCUUUCUCUGAUAUGUGUUUCCAUUUUCAAUGUGUAACUGUGUCCCAGAACUGUGAAUUCAUCUAGAGAUGCCAAGAUGCCAUGAUCAAAAGAACAUAUUUUUUUUUCUCCAUGGUAAGGCAUAAAAUGUCCAUCUUUUUUCCACUCAGGUCCCUAUCCUUAGUUCAUUCCUUCUGUCUGGACCAGUGCUAGUGGUGACAAUCUGUAUUUUAAUAUUUUCUCUAGGAGUAAGUUGUUCUUGAUUUUGCUAAGCAAGAGCCCUUACAGAAGUACGGGACAAGGAAGAAGCCCACUAUCUGUGUGAGACAAACUUUUCAUACAUCCUAGACAGGAAUGACAAAUUACUGCUGCUGGGGACUGGUCUUUUAGUUUGUACACAGUCUUCAACCCACGUAAUUUGUCAAUUCAUGUCACUUCAGGUCAGCAGAAGUUCUUCCUCCACUUAGCAUGGAGAAUCAUGAAUGAUUAAUCAGGAGUGGCUGGUAUUAUCUCUGUGUAGCUAAUAAGCCCCACAAAUCAAAGGUAGUGAACUCUGUUGGGUUUGUAAGAAGCCUGCUGCCCUGUCAGACACAAGUGAUUCCCAACUGCUGGGAUUCCUGUCUUCCUCAUGGGACUGGGAUAGUGGUUCUCUGCACAGCAUGCAGGGAUGCUCAGAAUAACAAGGUUAAUCUUGCCAUGUAACUGCCUCACUGUUGGACUUGGGUUAGUUGUGUGUUGUACUGUUUGAUUUCUGACUUAAAUCAGCUUGCAACUCUGAAUCGUUUCAUAGCUUUGUUUGCUGAAUAAAAGAACUGUCCUUGCCCAAGCCAUCUCUGAAUGGUAUCGCAUUGCUUCUGGUAACCAUCUUGCAGUCCUUAUUUCCCACCUCAGAUAUAACAGGUGGGAAAAACAUCUUUUCCCCUUUUUUUACAUCACAACUGCAAAAGCUCAAAUGAAGUCUGGUUUACCCAUUUUAAUCAAUGACACUGAUAACUUAGAGAACAUAUUUAGCAAUUCUGAUAACUUGAUUUUGAAUGCUCUGUGAGAGUUUUUUCCAGUUUUCUAAAUAGGUAUUCGUUAUCUGGAGAUAGUGUCCAGUCAGGAAGCUGGCUUUUUUGUGUCCGCUGCAAAGAAGUUCCAUUUGUGAAGAUUAUGGAUGUUAGUUUUAAAUGAAAGUCAGCUGACGGAGCUCCACUUCUUCCUUUCAGGCCUUCUGGUGUAUUUUUACCUGUUGAUUUUGUUUUUAGAAUACCUGAAUUUUCAUAAUUUGAUUUAAAUUGUUCAUAUGUCCCAUUACAGCAUGUAGCAUAAUAGAAAAAAAAAAUCCACUAGUAUAUUGUGAUACAUUGGACAUGCUUCCUGCAUCUGAAGUCAAUGGAUGAUGUUGAGAUCUGUUUGUUCAAUUGGAAAAGCAGAUUACUCUUUACAUCAGUAGAAAUGGACAGCAGCAGUUUCAUUCAGUUUGAUGUGCCCGAGUACAGCAGCACUGUUCUGAGCCAGCUAAAUGAACUCCGCUUGCAAGGGAAGCUCUGUGACAUAAUCGUGCACAUCCAGGGGCAACCGUUCCGCGCUCACAAGGCUGUGUUAGCUGCCAGCUCUCCAUAUUUCCGUGACCAUUCAGCAUUGAGUACCAUGAGUGGCUUAUCCAUAUCAGUAAUUAAAAAUCCCAAUGUUUUUGAACAGUUGCUUUCUUUCUGUUACACUGGAAGGAUGUCUUUGCAGCUGAAGGACGUUGUCAGCUUUCUGACUGCAGCCAGCUUCCUGCAGAUGCAGUGCGUCAUUGACAAGUGCACGCAGAUCCUGGAGAGUAUCCAUUCAAAGAUCACUGUUGGUGAAGUUGAUUCUGUCACUGUUGGUGCUGAAGAAAAUUCAGAGAAUCGCAACGGCGUUAAAGACAGCAGCUACUUUGCCAACCCUAUUGAGAUCUCUCCUCCCUAUUGCUCUCAGGUGCGACAGCCAACAGCAGGCAGUGAUCUGCGGAUAGAAGCUACUCCAGGCAAAACUCUACGGAGUCGUCUGCAAGAAGAAGGACAUUCAGACCGAGGGAGCAGUGGGAGUAUCUCUGAAUAUGAGAUUCAGAUUGAAGGUGAUCAUGAGCAAGGAGACCUGAUAGUAAGGGAAAGUCAAAUUGCAGAGGUGAAAGUUAAAAUGGAGAAGUCUGACAGGCCAAGCUGCUCUGACAGCUCUUCCCUCGGGGAUGACGGAUAUCACACUGAAAUGGUGGACGGAGAGCAGGUGGUGGCAGUAAAUGUUGGUUCCUAUGGGUCUGUCUUACAACAUGUUUAUUCAUUUACCCAUGCCUCAUCCCAGGCUACAGGUGUGUCAGAAACCUUUGGGAGCCUGAGCAAUACGAGUCCUUCAAGGUCAAUGCUGAGCUGUUUCAGAGGGGGUCGUGCACGCCAAAAACGAGUACCUCCAGGUCACUUGCAUAGUGAUGUCCAGGGCUUGGUGCAAGGGGCUGACAGUGAAUCCAUGGUGAGUAAUCCAGGAUAUGAAAAUAGUCCACGGGAAAGAAAUGCAAGAGGUCACUGGUAUCCAUACAAUGAAAGGCUAAUUUGUAUUUACUGUGGAAAGUCUUUCAACCAGAAAGGGAGCCUUGAUCGACACAUGCGAUUGCACAUGGGAAUAACUCCUUUUGUGUGCAAGUUUUGUGGAAAGAAAUACACCCGUAAGGACCAACUUGAGUAUCAUAUUCGUGGUCACACAGAUGACAAACCCUUUCGCUGUGAGAUCUGUGGUAAAUGCUUUCCUUUCCAGGGUACACUAAACCAGCACUUGCGAAAAAAUCACCCUGGGGUAACAGAAGUGAGAAACAGGGUCGAGUCUCCAGACAGAACAGAAGCGUUUGUGGAACAGAAAGUAGAUAACGAUGCUUCAGCUUCUGAAGCCAUGGAUUCUAGUAUGGAAAUUCAUGCAAUGUCUAACACAUCUGAUUAAAAUACUACAUUCUAAGGGCAACACAGACAAGCACACUACUAUUGUAUUAUUUAAGCAUUUCAUUCUUUUAGUAAUCUUCAGUACAAGUAUAACAGCUUUUAAUUUUCCUGACCUUCUGGAAAUCAGUUAAAAAUGGUUUCUGGAGAAGACUACGCAAGUAUUCUUUGUUUUUGGAGGAGGCUGAGUUGUUUGGGGUUUGUUUUACACUUUUGAAGAUGCUCAGAACAUAAGGAUUGUGCUGGGGAAAAGAUAGGAAGAGUCUUCUGAAGUGUCCCUAUUGAUUGAUCUGGCGAGACACAAAGUCCAGUGGAGAAAGAUAUUAGAAUAAGAUUGGUAGCUCUGCUGGAUGCUCCAAAAAGCUGUAAGUUCCCUUUUUUUCUGAAAUCCUGUUGCUGGUAAUGAGUUACACAGCAGUGGGGAGAGAGAAUAUCAUAGCUUUGGUUCUUCUUGCAUCACGAUGAAAUCUCUUUGUUCUUACUAACUGGUUUUAGUAGUGAGUCUGUUUAUAUAUAUAAAUUUGCUUUAUAUAUAUAAAAUGCUUUCACUUUGCUAUUCUGGUUGAGGUGAAUGUAAACGUAUGUCAAGGCUGAUACCAUAUACCACUCUUUCAACUAGGACUCCUCUCUGCUUAGGGUUUAGGAAUUUAGACUUUGGGAGGAUGGUUUUGGUUUUAAAUGAAUGUUGUUUGGUUUUCAUUUUAUUAAACUAUUACUUUGUGUGCAAAAGUGAGCAAAGCGAAUUACCUUGUUUUAAUAACUUUGCUUUAUUACAUAUGUAAACCAAAUGCCAUAAAUCUAUUAAAUUAUGGUUAAAUUGCUGAGGGUUUUGUUAGUUGUCUAGAAUGCAAGCUGGACAACCUGUGGUGCUGACCUUUUUAUAUAUAUAGAGAUAGAUAUAUCUAUAUAUAUAUAUAUAUAUAUAUAUAAAAAUAUUAGCAAACCUGAAAGUAGCAUUGUGGUUUUAAAUGUGUUUUGGCUGGCCUCAGAAUCUACCUUCAUUUCGUACUGUAGAACUAUACCAGGUAAUUAAAUUUAACUUCAUCACUCUUCAUGGUUGAUUAAAACCAGAGGGAGAUGUAGUUUCAACCACAGUAUUUCCAAGCAGUAUUUUAAUAGGUCUCUUCACAGAGAACCGUUUUCAGGUGCACGUUGACUUCCUACUUAAAGCUCCAAGUGAUAUUCCAGCACUUGGAAUUUGUACUUUUUUUUUGUAUAAAAAAAACAAAUACUCUACGGGAAUAUUGAGCAAUAUGUCUUUUAUUUCAUGUGUGAGUAUUACAGAGUUGCUAUGGCUUCUCUGUUAUGAUUUCAGUGGUUGUUUUCUGCAUAAAGGAGCUACCAACAACUUUAAAAAUACUCUAAAUCUUUUUGUUUCACCAAAUAUAUGUUUUUAAUAUGGUGCUAACUUCAUCGUUUAGGUCAGUAUAAUAUAUAAAAUGUGAAACAUAAUAGUAACAGUUAAGCAAAAAAAAAAAAAAAAAAAAAUCCCUAACAAUAAACAAUCAAAAGCCCCCACCCUAUACAAACCACCCCCUAAAAAACCCCCAAAGCCAGUAACAAACGAACAACAACAAACCCAAAAAAUAUACCACAGAAAACCAAUAGCUUAAGAGACCUCAAAAGCAUGGACUGGCAAACACUACUGUGUAACAUUCUACCUGAAUUCUACCUGAUGAACAGAAUUGAUCGUUAAAUUAAUCACAUAAUUCUUUAAAAUACAGGUUUUGUAUUAUCGGGUCUUAUGUUUGUUUAGCUGUUAUUAAAAAUACGUCUGUGAAGAUGCUGUUUAACUCCUGAAAUUUAGAAAAUUAGAGGUUUUCUAAAUUAUGGGAAAGCAAAAAGGUAGAUUUGCUAUGUUGUAAAGCUUUCUGGCCUCUGUGAAGUUGGGGCAUAUUUGUGCAGUAGCUUUAUUAAAUACACUAGUUCUUAAUAUUGUGACAGUCUGCAAUAAGAAUUAAUUUCACAAAAUGUGGAUUUACAGUAUAACCCCACCUGCUCCACUGGAGCAGUUUCAGUUAAAUCGGGUACAUCAUUUGCCUCUUUGUCCCAAAACUACCUAAAUAAAGAGGCGGAGGGUGGGGAGAAGUUUCUCUCCUUGAAGCAACAACAGAACUUUUGUUUCCAGUAAGGGAAGGGAUAGUCUGUGUCUAGGGCAGGUAGUCUGUAUGUUUACCCACCUAAAAACAUGUUGCUGUUUCUGAUAUAGUUUUUCCCUAAAUGUUUGUUUUAAGCAAUUAAAUGCAAAAAAAAAAAAAAAAAAAAAAAGGUGAGUUUUGAUAAAUUAAGUUUGAGACAUGCAAAAUCCAAGAAAUGUACAGUUAUUCCUAACCCUUUAUCUUGAACCUGUGCUGUGGUGCCUUUGGUGUGACUUUUUCCCUGGAAGAAUGAGUUGAGAAUAGCAGGAUAUGGGUACAAAUUUUAUAUUUCUUGAAUUUCUCUGUGUCACAAUCUUAACAUUAUUUAAAUCUAGUUCUUUGUAUUUGUAAAUGUAUAAAAUGGUUUGAGUUUACCAAAGAGUGACUUAUCCAAAAUUGUCUCAGACAAAAGCAAACAAAAAACCAUCAUGUUGAUUGUACAGGUUCAGGUUCAAACCAUUGUAAGAGGACUGUUAAGGGGCAGGAAAUGAUCCAUUUCUAUACAAGCCCAUGAUCCAGCAACAUGCAGGUCCUGCUUGCCCUGCUUGUGCCCGUUCCCUCCCUGGGGGCAGCGUUCCUGAUUCCCAAGCCAUAGCCCAGCUCUGCCUGGCCCUCCGGGCUCUGCUGAACACCAACAGCACCCCUGGCAGCAGCAAUUCCAUUGUGCCUUGUCACUCAAUGGGGUGCCAGGAUAAACACUGUCACAGACACGAGACGUGACCUGAUGAAUUCAUGUCACCAACCCAGUGAGCAGGAGCCUGGGAUUCUUUAGCAACCAUGGAAACACUGUACAGUGUCUUGUGUCUGUCCAGUUCUCAGCACAGAGCUGUUACACAUUUCAUUUACAAUAAAUGCAGAAGUCAAUAAAAUAUGUGAAGAAAUAUUUGACAGCAAAAUAAAUGGUGAAAUUAUAUAGGCUGGUUCAUAAUUGAGUCUCUUCUUAAUCUAUCUUUUUAAUUCCAGACAAAUGCGAAAGCAGUGACAGUGUCCUUUCUUCUAGAUGCUUAACCUAUUUUGACAAACUGUGAAAAUAAAGGAUUUUAUACCUUUGCUAAUGUCCGUGGUUUUAAACUGUUAUUUUAGUUUUCUUUCGUAUUAUCUUCCAUAUUAUAUCUUUCAAGCUUGUAAAUAAAUUUAGAAAAUAGCUUUGUAAAUACUUACAGUAUAUGAAAAGUUCAUUUUGGUCAUUAAGGCCUCAAGAUUGGCUCUGCUUUCUUAGUGUGAAAUCUUUCCGUAGCAUAAAGGAUACUGUCAGUUCACUGUCAGCAGGGUAGACUGUAGGCCUAAAUUGAGAGUUUUAAUGCAGUCUUCCCCAGCAUAAAUUCAUGGUUUAUGCUGAAGCCUUUGGUUUACUUUUAGUCAAAGCAAUGAGGCCUCUUAAUAUGUUUAGGCUGAAUUAUGGGAAGAACAAUAGGAAAAAAAUCAAGGGCUGGGAAACUAUUGAAUGAGCUUUACCUUUAAAUAUAUAUAUUAUUUGAAUUUUUGUAUUAGUUUACUGUGAUUCUUUUAUUGUCAUUUUUCUAAAGAGGUUUCACAUGAAACCAUUGAAAGGGACUCAAAUAUGCAACACCUAAUCUAUUUUCCAAGGGAAUUUUACCCUUGAAUGGUGCUUUUUGACUGGUCAGGGUUAUUUAUUAAAUUUUAUAUUUGAAAGUAUUUGGGGAAUUAUGUAAAUUCUUUGUAUGAAUCUCUUUAUUUCACGAACUGUAAAUUUCAUAAAACUCAGUGAUUGAAUUGGAAGUUUAGUAAAGUCAUUCAAAAUGUUCAAAGUUUAUAAUCUCUGUGCAUUUUACAUGUAUUUUAACAAGUGCCAGAAUAGUUGUAUUUAAUAUUGUAGAUUUAAUAGUACUUGCACAUCCCUGUGACAGCAUUAACUUAAGUUACGCAAGUUUACAUUAAAAAAACAAGCUAAACAAACAAGUAAGCCUGGGACAUGUGUUCCUGUAUUUCUUCAGGGGAUGUGAAGCCACGUAUCUCUGACUGAGCAGCUUUGCCUCUCACUCCUGUAGCUCACUCCUGCCAUGGCAGAUCCAGAACUGCUGACUCUCAUUCCCACAGGAAUUCAGCCUUUGGACUCGGACUGCGAGCCUCUGGUUGUAGGUCUGGUUAGAGGUAGAGCUCUUGCACGAUUUUAACAGUAUUUGUUUCUGACUGAAAAUUUGUAUUUUUAAAAAACUUUUAUUUGUAUGGUUGUUUUUGAUGAUAAGUAAUUGAACAGUUUGAAUGACUUGACUUGAUGUCAUUAUCUUGCAAUAUAAACCGGGAACCUCACACCUCGCACUUCAUUGCCAUGAAGUAAAUGAAGCUAGCUAAGCUGAUGCUGUAACAUCUAGUAACUUGCCAUUAAGAAUUAUUUUAUAGCAUGAACUUUAAAAUAUUUAUUCAAAUGAUAUUUUACUCUUGUAUUCACUUUGGUUUUAGAUUUGUGACAUGAAUAUUUCUGUGCUGCUUUCUUUUGUUCUGAUGAAUUUGUUUCUUGCUUGUAAAUUGCUUUUUUUAUGGUAUAAAGUCAAUCGGAAUUGCUGUUUGUAAAUUAAAAUGCUUCUAGAGCAAA